GCCCGUGUCACCAUUGGAUGACAUUUCUCUCCUGCUGGCCGGGACUAUAAAAAUAUACUGAAACCCGUUCCUGAAGGUUUAUAGUUUCUCUUUAUUUAUCCCACAUACACUCAUAAUAAUGUCGGCCAUUGCUCAAGGAAUCAAAGAAUUAGUGAAAAAGUCUAUCGCCGAAAACCCUGUCAUGGUUUUCAGCAAGAGCUAUUGCCCUUAUUGCACAGGUGCAAAAGAUCUAUUCGACGAUCUCUCGGUAAACUACAAGGCACUUGAACUCGAUAUUCGGGACGACGGUCCCGAUGUACAAAAGGCACUUUUUGACCUGACCGGACAAAAGACAGUGCCCAACGUAUUUGUCAAUAGCAAACACAUUGGUGGUUACAGUGAACUUGACGAAGCAUACAAGAGUGGCAAGCUUGAGGCUCUUCUCAAGGAAGCUGGUAUCAAGCAAUCGAAAUUGUAA